CACCCAGACGCAGGAUCAGAACGUGUACCGCCGUAGGAAGGUGACCGAGUAGAAAUGGCGGAGAAAUCAAGUUGAAAGAAGCAGGAAAAGGCUUUAAGUGUUGGGGAGAAUACGCAUGUACGCACACACCGUGUGGCAGUGUUGCCGCUGGUCACUGCUGCAUCAAGACCGCCAUCAAUUGAUUAAAAUUUUCACCUGAAUUUGAGCCUGUGAUCGAUUUUUUUUUGGGGGGGGCAUUUAUUCCCGGCGUUUUAAUUUUACUUUUUUAUAUGUAUUAUUUGUACGCGGAAAAACCUUUUGAGGGUAACUCUUGGUUCAGAUUUAACUAUAGUCUGAAAAUUAAAAUGGCAAAUUAGUUGUCCAGGGAUACCAACUAUUUUAUAAUAUGAGAGAGAGGAGGGCAGUAUUUUACAUAUUUUUUUUUGCCUUUGAAUCAAAUUUAAACAGACUAAGUUUCGAGCUAUGUUUUCCCUGACAAAGAAAACUACUGAUGAUAUCAAUGAACUGACUUCAGUGGAGGUUCCUAGAUGAUGCUUUAGGGUUCUUGAUCCAAGGAGUUGAAGCACCCGAACACAAGAGUGAUGGAUGGCUGGAAUGGACUUCAAGAAAAGAUAGUGUGGGCCUCAGCCACUGGAAAUUGAAAAACUAUGUAUGACAAACAAAUUAAAGAAGAUUGGACACCACUAGCAUAGCUUUUCUCCUGUUACUGCAGUACAGUACUAAGGAGAGAUGAGUGCGUUUUUUCUAUGAAGAUGUAUACAGGAGCUGAGACCAGUAAAGAGACGCAACACAUCACUCCACACAUUGCAGCUCACAAAUCCUCAUUGGCUCCUACAUCAUCAGCAACUACUUUGUCCUCUCUGGCAUUAUCUGGAUCUGGUGGAUCACAACACCUGGCUCAGUCUCACUUACCUUCUCACAAGAUUGGGCUGUGUGGUCACAUCCCUACCUACAGAGUGGGUAUACAUGCAUCUCACCAAUCAGUAGUGAAGGGUUUAGAUCAUGAUGGACCAUUAUUGCUAUCUCGUCAUGGUCACACAAACCUUUCAUCCCACUUUUCCAAAAGCAUCCCACAAGAUUUGUCUGCACAUUCUGCAGCAGGGGCAGAAAAGGCAGUUCCUCUUGAGUUGACACCUCAUACCUCUUCUCACCACAAGUCACUGUCUCACAUUCAAGCAACUGUGAGUCAAGGUAUGAGCAGUAAUCCAGUUGGGACACACAUGUCAGCACAUCAGGCUGACAGAGGCUCUCCAUAUUUCCGUGUACCAGAUUCGGUUUUAAACGUCCAGGGUCCAUCUGCCAUGUUGGUAUCCUCUGUAGGAGGGGAUGGGGGUGUUUCAUCUCUACACCAUAAUUCCCAGACCACUACAUUAGUACAUUCACAGUCUAAUUUGUCAGCACAGAGUUCUACUGCAAAUCUGACAACUAUGCCAGGAGUAUCUUUGCCAGGUGUAAACCCAGCCAUAGUUACAUCAGUUUGUUCACAGAGCUCCAUACAACCAUCAGAGUGCGUUAUGACUCCUAUUAUGUCAUCUGCUUGUGGAGUACAUCAGGCAAAUGUUAAGAAAGAGAAAAAUGAACGCUUGGACGAGAUGAAAAUAUCAGCUGGGCAGGGAGGUGAUGGAUCCCAACAAACUAUUGGGCCACAAAGAGAUCUUGUCCGUCAAGCACUCCAGGCAGUUGUCACACAUCCUCAACACAAAACUGGUAAUGACCAAGAAGUAAUUGAAUACAACUACACUGCUGGUGAUAUUGCAGAACUGCUGAUGAUGAACAUUCAGGUAAAUGCUUCGCUCCAGGCAAUGAACAAGAAUCCUUCUCAACCAGACACAGAAUCUGAGCAAGUGGUUGAUCUGCAGCCAGCAGCUGUUGAUGAAACAAAUAGCCUGCAGUCCGAACCGUCAACCCCAAAGCGCCGUCGCCCCAGGCUGUCAGAUGAAGCCCAAGCUGAGCGCCGAAUAAGAAUUGCUUUACGCAUGAGAGAAAAACGAGCUGGAGAAACAGAGGAACAGAAGAGGUUACGACGGAUCAGAGAAGCAGAAAGAAUGAGACGUAAAAGAUCAAGUGAGGAUGAGGUUCAGAAGUUAAAAAGAAGACAGGAAGCUGCUAUUCGAGCAAGGAAUCGUCGAGCCUCUAUGUCUCCGGAGGAGCGUUUGAUUGAUAGGCAAAAAGCUGCAGACCGCAUGAGAUUAAGGCGCGCCACCGAAAGUGAUGAACAAAAGGCUAUACGUCGCUUGAAGGCAGCAGAGCGAAUGAGGAAAAGAAGAGCAAGUGAAACUCCAGAACAGCGUGCUGUAAGGCGACAAAAUAUUGCUCUUAGAAUGAAAGCACGACGUAGGCGAAAAGAUGAAGAGGGUGUAAAUGGUGAGGAGUCACAAAUUAUGACUCGUAAUUUAAGAGCUAGAUUAAUUAAGAAUGAAGCAAUUGGCAACAAUACAGUGCAAGAGGGAAGUUCAGAACAGAUUGCAAAUACGAACACUGAUCAAGAAACACACAUUUCCCCUUCCCAGCUUGUUACGCCUACGUCGCACAUUCUUGUACCUUCAAGUAUAGGUGUGGGUGGAAGUAUUGCUCUUCUGCAUGUGGAUCCCAGUCUAUCCUCACUGUCAUUAGGACAUGGAACUCCUGGGCUGUCCAAUGUAGAUAUGUCCCAACGGACUCAACCUUUGCCUCUCCAUAAGUCCAUCACAACAUCACAAAAUCAGGAAGUGCCAGAGCCACUGCCACUUCAGAAGCACGUGGUAAGCCAGGAGUCAUCUCCUGCUGCUACUCCAACUCCAGUGUCCACUACACACACUAAUAUGACCACCAGCCUACAAAGUCAUAUUGAGCCUCUUUCACUUCACAAAGCAACAAAUUACCACCACCAUUUGCCUCAUCUUCUUCAUUAUCAUCAGCACCACACAAGUUCCUUGCAACAGCAGCAGAAUCCUCACCAACACAUGCAGCAGCGACAUCACCAGCAGUAGGUGAUGCUCUGUGAAUUUGAGGCGUAACGGAUCUCAUUUGACAAAAGCACUGACUUUUUUUGCACAAAACUAGGGCAACUGAUAAGGUUUGGGUGAAAGUAAUGCAUUACAAACUAAUGUGCUAAUAUGAGGUGCAGACAGAUUUUUUGUGAAACUAAGACAUUGCCAAUUCACUUGGAACUCGUAGACGUUGACGGGUUAUAUAUCUUUUGAAAUUGAACGUUUUACUCUCAUUGCAACUGUGUAAAUAUUGUUAUAGAGUUUACAAAAAAAUAUCCGGUGAUUUCAGUCAUCAGCAGUGAGUUGAUGAAAUUUAUUUGUGUUAACUUAGCGGGCACUGGAAACAAAGACCCUUUUACUACUAAGGGUUCCUCACAAAGGUGCAGAAAGCUGCAGCUGUAUGAAACUUGUGCACUUUAGUUAGCACUAGAGUAAAGUUAAUAGAUUCCGAGCCAUUGAUUGGACAUUUUGAAUUUAAGGCAUCAAUAAGGCUUGUGUGAAAUUAAGGCCUUGAGGAAACUUAGUUUCUAGGUGUGCUUGUAACAAAUCAUUUAUUACACGUGGGAUUUGGUUGUGAAGUGAAAAAAAUUGGAAAUAUGAAGGAAAUGUUUACUAAUUAUUAAGUGCUAAUGUUUUUAAACUUGUAAGAGUACUAGUAUUGAGAUAAACAAUACAUUGAGGUUUGGUGUGUACAUAAAGUACAUGUUGAGACAAUUACAUGUUGAGGCAAGAAACAGGUGAAGGUGUCUGUAAGUGUGCUAAAUUAAUGGUUGUGGCAGAAAGCUCUUCAGGAAAGGAGGUGACAAAGACUAUCAGAUUUCUUAUAUAAAAUAGCAGAGCAUCUUCAUCUUAAACAUCAUCUAAGGUACAGUAUGUACUACAACAUGUUUAUUUCCAGACCUGUGGAUUUCCUCUUAUAUAUGCAAGUAUAAUAUGGUACAUACAGUAUUGUUUCCCAACUUUUUUUUUUUUUUUGAAGUAGCAGACGAGAUAUUUUUAUGAAUUAAGGAUCAUAAGAUUACAGUACCUUGCUUUCAUGAUGUAAAUCUUGAGAAUAGGUUAAAAGUGAACUAAAAUAAUGGCAUUUUAAUACUUUUUAUUCCAUUACUUUUUGUGUUAACCCUUUGACUGUUUCGGUCAUAUAUAUAUGUCUUACGAGCCAAUGUUUUUGACGUAUUAAUACGCCAAAAUUGUAGUGGCUUCAAAUCAAGUGGGAGAAAACUGGUAGGCCCACAUGCGAGAGAAUGGGUCAGUGUGUGCAGUAUAAAAAGAAUCCUGCAGCAUGCAGUGUAUAAUGAGAAAAAAAAAAAACUCCGACCAUGUUUUUGGAUUGAAA